GUGUUUUUAAAAAAUAUUUGGAUUUAGAUUAAUAAAUAUAUAUUUUUUGAGACGUCGACGUCAUCGAGGCGCGACGCUCCACUACGCACUUCAUAGUUUGUUCUUUCGCUCUCGUUUCGUCUCCUAAAGCUUUAGUUUGGUCUUUAUUGGUCGCUUCCUCUCCUAUCCAUAACGUCUACUGAGAGAAGACAAUCAUCUCCGUUUAGUUUGGGGGUUUCAGUUGCUUUGAUCGUCACGUUAACGAGUUUAUUUUCGUAGUUCAAACUUAAGCCGCCUAACUCUCCGUAGAGUCGGGGUUUUUAAGCUUAGUUUAGUGGAUCUGUGAUGAUGGAUCUCCACGGAGGACCAGGAGGAGGAGGAGGACCACCAGGAGUCUCUAACCCUAACCCCAACGUCCCUGCCUUCCUCACCAAACUCUGGAUGCUGGUGGAAGACCCCGACACCGACGACCUGAUCUGCUGGAGCCCAAGCGGGAGCAGCUUCCAUGUGUUGGAACACGCCCGCUUCUCGAAGGACGUUCUGCCAAAGUUCUUCAAACACAACAACAUGGCCAGCUUCAUCCGCCAGCUCAACAUGUACGGGUUCAGGAAGGUGGUGCACAUGGAGCAUGGCGGGCUGCUGAAGCCAGAGAAGGAGGACACCGAGUUCCAGCAUCCCUUCUUCAGCCGAGGACAGCAGCAGCUGCUCGACCACAUCAAGCGCAAGGUCCCGCCUGUGUCCUCUGGGAAGCAGGAGGAGGGGAAGGUGUACCCGGAGGAGGUCUCCAAGAUCCUCAACGACAUGCAGCUGAUGAAGGGAAAGCAGGAGAACAUCGACUCCAAGAUCACCACCAUGAAGCAUGAGAACGAGGCGUUGUGGAGAGAGGUCGCCACUCUGAGACAGAAACACGCCCAGCAGCAGAAGGUCGUCAACAAGCUGAUCCAGUUUCUAGUGUCUCUCGUCCAGCCGAACAGAGUUAUUGGAAUGAAGAGGAAACUUCCUCUGAUGCUGAGUGACUCAAGCUCCACCCACUCCAUACCCAAAUAUAGUCGUCAGUACUCCUUAGAACCCCUGCAAGCCACGCCCGCUAUAUCGGCUCCGGCCGGCUCGGUGACUUCCGGCCCCAUCAUCUCUGACAUCACAGAGUUGGUCACGCCCACCUCCACGGAGCUCAGCAGUGAUUGGAUAGAUGCACCCGACAGCCCAGUCAUCCUAGUGAAGGAGGAGCCGUCCAGCCCAGAUCUGAAGGACACGCCCCUUUCACCCACCACCUUCUUUAACUCCAUCCUAAUGGACCACGAAGGGGCCAACCCCUCAGCAGCCAAUCGGCUAUCGGCCAGUCCCAGUAUGGAAUUAGGCUCCUCCUCCACAGCUGUAGACGCCAACACACAAUCAGGGCUUCCUGACCACGCCCCCAGUCAUCCUGACCACGCCCCCAGACUUCCUGACCACGCCCCCAGACCUUCCCCCCCAGAGGAGAGGUGUCUGAGUGUGGCCUGUCUAGACAGUGCUCUGUAUUGCAGGUCAGAGCUCUCUGAGCACCUGGAGGACAUUGACAGCAGUCUGGAGAAUCUUCAUCACCUCCUCAACGGCCAGAACAUCAACAUAGACUCCUCCCCCCUGUUUGAGUUCUUCAGCUCCCCUGGAUCGGCCUGUGCAGAUUUUGACCUCGACAGUCUGGACACUCUGCUGUCCCCUGAGACUCCAAGAGAGACAGACGGACACUCGGCCUCUGAAGGGAAGCAGCUGGUGCAGUACAGCACCACGCCCAUCUUGAUGCCUGAGCCAAUGGGCUGCUUGGGGGGCGUGGCCGACCUGCCCUCCCUGCUGCAGCUCCAGGAGGACUCCUUCUACAGCCCGCCCCUCCCAGAGGACCACCCCUCCGUCUCCACGACAACCACCUCCUCCUCCACCCAGCAUCCCAACUUCCUGUAACCAAGACAACCACCUCCUCCUCCUCCUCCUCCUCCCAGCAUCCCAACUUCAUGUAACCACGACAACCACCUCCUCCUUCUCCCCCAAGCAUCCCAACUUCCUGUAACCACGACAACCGCCUCCUCCUUCUUGUAACCACCAUCUCAAGUAUUAUUACAGUCUAAAGUAGAUUCUACAGUAGUCUAUGACAGUGUACAGUACAGUAUAUGACAGUCUAUAGUGCAGUCUACAGUAGAUUCUACAGUAGUCAAUGACAGUGUAGAGUAGAGUCUAUGACAGUCUACAGUACAGUCUACAAAACAGUCUUCAGUACAGUCUUCAGUACAGUAUACAGAACAGUCUACGACAGUCUACAGUACAGUACAGUACAGUCUACAGUAGAGUCUACAGUAGUCUAUGAUAAUCUACAGUAGUGUCCCUCUACUGACAUCAUGCAGUGGUUGAUCUUUUUCUCAGUGUUGAUUUCUUGUGUGUUUUGUGUUUCGUUUUGCGUUGGAGCCCCUGCUGUGUGUGGUGUUCUCUUAGGUCCUCAGUGAAUAUGAUGUACAUAGCAGAGCAUGGAAUCUCUACCGCCAUGAUCUAUUUAUUUCAAUAGUUUGGAAAAAAGGACAAAAGGAAGACAGAAUCUGGAUCUAUUUUUGACGUAUCGACUCGAGGCUGGAGACCCUAAGGGUCAGAGGUCACACACCGUGUAUACAAUCUCAGACAGGCCGACUGUCAGACAGGCUGAUGGAAAGACAGACCGUUACCCCUCUUGCCCACUGCACCCGUCUGUUGACGGAUCCCAUUGACUGCAUUGUGGGUCCAUCCGUUCCGUUGGAUCCGUCGGCUCCGUCAGCAACGGACGGAUGCAGUGGGCAAGAGGGGUUAGGCUGUCAAUCAGCCGACUGUUCCCAUGGCAACCCAUCGGUCCAGUCAGCCGACUGUUCCCAUGGCAACCCGUCGGUCCAGUCAGCCGACUGUUCCCUUGGCAACCCGUCGGUCCAGUCAGCCGACUGUUCCCUUGGCAACCCGUCGGUCCAGUCAGCCGACUGUUCCCAUGACAACGGGGCGUGGGCUGUGUUUUAAAUAAAGUUGUGUUUUGCAUCGA